AAUCGAUAUUUCUACGGUGGAGAGCUAAGGACAGGAUGUCAGGGUCGAGAUUCAGUGCUAGCUCCCUAUACAAUUCUCAACUAUGCAUAUCCAGAAACUUCAGAAAGGGGUUCUCUGAGUAAUGCAGGAGAAUGCCAGCUUGCUGUUGAAGUUGCUGAAACUGUGCAGCAACUUACCAGAGCUAAUCCUGUAUCUAUUGGUAUCAUCACGUUCUACAACAAGCAGAAGGCAAAUAUAUCGCUAGAGAUUCAAACCAGACGAAUACAUGGUGUAGAUGUGAAUACAGUAGAUGGAUAUCAAGGUUCUGAACGGGAUGUUAUCAUUAUAUCAUGUGUGAGAUCAGGUGGAGAGAGUAUUGGAUUUCUCAGUGACAAAGAGAGAGUCAACGUAGCCUUGACACGUGCUAAGCAGGCGCUCAUACUCAUUGGAGAUCUUGACACAUUAAAGAAGAAUGAGAUGUGGGGUGGGAUGAUUUCUAAUGGAAGAUCAAGGAGGGUUGUUUACAACUUGGACCAGAACCCUAAACCCAGCCUUCAGGACAUUCUUAAAUCUGGCAGAUAAAUUUAGAAUGUUGGAAAGUGAUAUUUAUUUUCAUAUCCCCCCCCCCCCCAUUUAACAUCGCUCAAAUGGUUUGUAUUUGUGUUCCACAACUGUUUAUUUUUUAACAUCACUACUGAAAAUCUACUUUUUAUUUUGAUAUUUACAAUAAAAGAAAGAUAAGGAUGUUAAUUCCCUUUAACUAAUAUGUGAUUUUUUUGCGCUGUGAACUAGGCCAGGUUGAUUUAUUUUUUGAUAUAGUUUCACGUAACCAUGUACAUUGUACACUUAAAGUGAUAAAUAAACAUAACUUUUAAGGUCAA